UUUAGGCGCGCACUGCAGGCGCUGUAAUAGCGCUCGUGUCGCGCAUGCGCAGUGGGAAAGCGGCCAUUUUGACGCAGGCGCAGUUUGGAAAUGUCCGCCCUGGGCCGGAGGGAGGCACAGCUCGACAGGGAUGAUCGCGGGAGCGCAUGCGCACUGCGUUCCGGAGUGAAGCCCGCCAUUUUGCAUCCCGCGCCCCAAAUUCAGGGGGUUCGCGCAUGCGCAGUGCCGCCCUGACCCCGCCCCGCCAUGGCCGCGCGCGCCGCCCUCCCGGGGCUCCUGCUGCUGCUUCUGAUCGCGGGGCUGCGCGCCCAGGACGACCUGGACCUGGCCGACGCCCUCCCCGAUGGACGCGACACGCAGCCCACGGCCACGCCCCGCAAGCCCAGCCCCGGCGACUCCGGGCCCCCUAAGCCGAAGCCAAAGCCAAAGCCGGACUCGCCGGGGACUUCCGGGGGAUUUUCCGACGCGGACCUGAAUGACGUCAGCGAGCGCAGGCCCGCGGCGCCAGGAGCAGCGGGGGGCGACGGCGACGGCGAGGCCGCGGCAGCCCAGCCCCCGGGCCUGGUCCCGGGCAUCGUGAGCGCCGUGGCCGUGGCCGCCGUGGGCGCCAUCUCCAGCUUCAUUGCCUACCAGCGACGGCGGCUGUGCUUCCGGGAAGGAGAAUCUUCCACGGCAUAGCGAGACCUCCAAAGCCACUUCCAGUUUGCCGGCCCCGCCCCCUGAUGCUCGGCCACGCCCCUUCUGACCCAGCCCCGCCCCCUCCCGCGCGCCGGCCGCGCACGCGUCUACGCCUGCUGACAACAGGAAGCCAAAGAACCUUCUAGAAGCUCUGCCGCCCCUCCCAUAAGAUGGCGGCGGGGACUUUUUUACCGUUUUUUUUUAUAUUUGGUGCUGAAAUAAACGCGCUUUGCUGAGA